GUGUACUCAGAUGGGCGGACACGUGGUUGGGCGAUAGAUCCACUACCGGGUGCGAAAAUGAAAUUCAAUCGAAUCGUUUUGUUGUUUUUCCCUAGGUGCUCUUCUUGGUUUUUUUGACUCUUCGCCGAAUAAAUAAUUUCUCGACUAAGUAAUGGGGGAAGCGAAGCGAUCGUUUUGGUUAUGAUUUUACAUGUGUUUUUUGUGAGCUAGAAAAAAAAGAAAGUUAUCUAUUUUUUUGUUGUAAACGAUCGAAUAUGGAAUACAAAUUGAAUUUUAUUUUUAGCUACAAUUUACCUUUUAGAUUCUAAACAUGUUACAAAACAAAACAAAAAGAGAAAAAAAAUAUACUCAAUAAAUUGUGAUCAAGUUUCAGUAAAUUAUGAUUAUCAGCUUUAGAGACUUUUUAAAACGAACGACGAUAGAAUAUUCUCCCAUUAUGAUUGAUCUCAUUUCUGCGUGAUUAGUUUGUAGAACAAAAGAAGAAUGGUCGUUAGCCCCCCCCAAAGGCAAGGUGUGUCGGUAGAGUAAAAAGGAAGAAGUAGCACAUGUGUGUUUUUUUUUGUCUGACAUGUCUGAUGUUGUGUUGCGUAGUGGGGAUGAGGCAGAUGGAGCGAAUGAGCGCUAGCUGAGAGUGAAGUGAUAACACAAACGAAAGGUGAACCCUGCCGGUGUCCUUCGCUAUAUAAGCGAGAUUCUCCCAUGCAUCUAUGCUGCUUUUUUUUUGCUCUCUUUCCUCUUGAUAAUAAAGCUUCCCCUCUCACUCAUCUUCCCAUGCGGUUGCGUUGAGCCAAAUACCACGGUUACGGUGGCGCGAGCGAGAUAGCGCGACAGUGAGAGAAGUAUAAAUAACAAAACAAAUCGAUAACACCGGUGGACCGGUAACGUUCUCUACUUUUUCCUUCUCCAUCACUUUCCUGUACGGUCUAGUGGUGUUUAGUGAUAAUUCUCCCCCUGGAGAUGCGCGUCCGCUUUUUUCUUUUAAAUAUCCGUACGUUUAAACCAUAAAGAGAGAAGUGACGUGUAUUAGUGAGCUUGUAGUGAAGGAAGAAAAAAAACAAAUAAUGUGAAAUGUGUUUACCUUCGUGAAUAUCACAAGACAUAAACUCAUCAUCUCAACCACAUACGGAAGCGAACGCGUCUAUCAAGUCCAGUUGUGGAUGCAUCAUGCAAUUAGCAUCAAUCAAUGCUGCUCAGCUGGUCGCGUUCUGUCAAAUCCGCGCGGGCAGCGUCUGACGUCAGCUGUCAACUGUAUAAGUAUUUCGUUCGCUCGUGACGUAUCUUUUGAGGACAUCCUUUGUGCCGGAAUUUGGCGAAACCGAAGCGUUAGAAAAAUGUUACCUCAAGCCAGCUUUUCGCCACGAAUGCAGCACGAACUACGCACUCCGUUCCGUGCGGGUAGUGGUGUGGAGGAGGGAUGAAGUGUGCCAUGCAAAACGGAGUUUUCUUCCAAGAGUGUGAUGCAUAGUGGCAUGGUGUAAUCUGGGCUGCAAACAAAACAAAAAAAUCAAACAGUGAGAGUGCAGCUUGGAACCGAAGAGUACAUGCGAAUGGAAAGGGGAGUGGAAAUGUUUCGAAAAGGAAAAAACGAACGCUGAAAGGACGAGCAAAUAAUGCAGUGAUGAAAGUAAUGCGGAAAGGAAGCGUGAAGAAUACGUUGAAAAACCCUGCUAUCAAUUACAAUUAAAAACGGAUUUAAUAUAUAAAUAUCAAAUGGCAUUAAGAGCCAGUUUCUCACAAUCAGAGCCACAUCAAACAAACAACAAGUGCAGCAAAAUAUGAAAGCCUAAAACAAAAAAAAGGGAAUCGUUUACCGAAAGCUGCACCAAAACGGGAAAAUUCUUCCGUAAAAUAAAACCAUUACACCUGCAAUCGUGUAACGGAUCCGGGGAUUGGGGGGUGGGGGGAGGGGUUGGGAGUUUAUUACAAGAAAAAGGGGGGAGCCCGAGGCGGGAUAGAAAAUGCUAUCGGCGGUGGAAAAUUUAGGUUCUGCGGGACCGGGCCGUGUGCCGUACUCUCGCCACCAUGCGCACCAACCGCAACAUCAGCAUCCGGCACAGCAUCACGGUUAUCAUCCGCUGCACACGAUACUGUCACCAGCGUCCAUCGGGCAGCUGCAGCUGCCACCGAUGCUCGGCGCCCAAACCUCACUGCCCCACACAAUGCCAUCGGUCGGCAACGAGUUUGUUCGGCCCUAUCCCAAACAACGGUAUGAAGAAAAUCGUGGUUUCGGUAUACCGUCCGCGUUAACAGUGGAGCAACGUCUAAAGUAUGGUGAUCCACCACCAGCUUCUGCUCCUGGUACAAAUAUGCCAGCACACACGCAAACGGGCCCAGUUAAUCUGGCCGUCAGCAAUGGUGGAAGUGCUGGCGGAGGAGGAGGAGGAGCAGGAGGAGGUGUCGAGGAGUACGGUGGUUCCAUCGCUUACACACAAUGCCAUCAAACGACCAAUCCAUCGACUCAAUCGGAAACAGGCGGUUCGAAAUAUUCGCCCGGUGCACUACAGCCGGCUACUUAUCAGCAAAAGUUUCAACAGGAACAGCAUCAACAAAUGCUAGACUUUCUUGGUGCGCAGCAACAACCGGCCGGCAAUCGGAUGGUUUGCUUUCCGGCGAUGGGUUCGCUGGAUGUGUUCGGUGGUUAUCCACCGCUAAAUUACGAUAUGUAUCCGUACAGACGUGUUCAUGGACGUUCAUCGUACGUACCACCACCAAAUCAUCGACCAUUGGAAACGCGGUAUAAUAGUGGGGCUGCCGCCUUUCUACCACCGCGUGCACCGCCACCAUCGUCAGCGGACACGGGUACCAGUCGGUUGCCGAAAGCGGCCGCCGCACCAAUUGCGAUCAAGUCGAAAAUGUGGCAUUUACCAUUAUCGUCUCCACCUGCACCACCAACACCAUCAUCGCUUGCCGGAUCGCACCAUGCUGGGCGAGAUAUUGCAUUGCCGACAGCAUCCAACAGUGCGAUCACACCUACGGAUACGCUCGUUGCAUCGUACCGGGCACUCAAAUCGGCACAUCUGCAACAUCCCUACCCUAGAAUGUGGGCACCCGAUCCACUACAGUCACCGCAGGCUAAUGCCAGCUAUCUCAAUGAACUACACGCUAUGGCGGGUCAUGAAGAAGAUAAAGGUGGACCACAGUAUCCACUGAUAACGCACAGUCACAUACCGACGCUUCAGGAUACGUACAUGGCCGCCAUACAGCAGCAGCACCAGCAUCGUCCAAAGUACGGUUCCCUGCCGUCUACUAGCACGGACACUACGUCCACAACCAGCCUAAUGCAGCAGGAGUUUAAGGUACCGCUCGGUAUGGAAGGUCCGCACAAACCACGUAUUGGCAAUGUACGAGGAUCCGAUCCGCAGCUAACGAUUGGGACGGGCCCGUCAUACACACUCGGGACAUUCGAUGUCUCUACGGGCAGCCGUCGAAGCAACAUUGAGAUCGAACCGCACGAGCUACCGGAGGAUAGUGCCGCUCAUCAUCAAAUUUUGCACACGACCGUACUGAAGCCGAAAAUGUUUCUACGUGGUUCGUUGAUUUCGUUCCGAAACGGUGUAAGGAAACCAGUCGAACAGGUACGGUUGGAGGAUUUCUUGCGCACCGCUGCUAUUUCGCCGGACGUGCGCCUUACGGAGGCACAAACGCGUCGUAUUACACCACGCUACAGCAGCAGCCCGGGUGAUUCACCCAAGCGAAUACUGGUUCGCUUCACCUACGACCAGCAGCAGCGUCAUGGUGCACUCGAGACGACCAUCGACUAUCCGUUCUUUGUCACGACCAAGGGCUGGACAUCGUACAGUCCGGAGCGCACCUUCAACAGCUACGGGUUGGAGUGUGCCCCAAUGGAGGUGGGUGACGUGUUUAUCGUGCUUGUACCGCGCCAUCUAUCCCACGAAAGCGUACACCAGGAGGAAACGUCCCAAACUGCCACCGAGAUACCAUCGGAUCACUUUUCAACGCAACCGAACGUGCAAGCCGAAAACAAGCUGCAGAUCGUAAACGUGCUGUCGAUGCAAUCGAACGCUGAGCAAAACUCACCCACUGAGGAGCCGGUGUACCACCAUCAGCAUCGACAGCAGCAUACGAGCCAGCUACUAUCGGCUGCAGAUGAACAACAGCGUGAAGCAAACGAUAGUCCAACGAUCACAGUGGACGAUCAGCCGCCCAUUACGCGCGACUGGCUGGCGGCAAACUGUUCCAGCGCUUCCAAAGCAUUCGGGGCUGGAAAACGCCGACCGGACGGACAACGGCGUGCUAACGCUAAACGUAAGCUGACGGACAUGCAGUCGCAGGAAAUGUUCCGUCCGGGCAUGCCGGACGGGACCUCCAGCACCGUACGCAAACGUCGCACCAGCGCCUGCAUUGAGUCUGUAGAUUAAAUAGCGCCGGGGUGGGAUGGGCCCCCACCCACAUCUCGUCUCCCCGCCGUUUCCUCAUCGUCGUAUUUAAACUUUAUUGUUAAGGCCUUAUCACGAGUUUCGGAUGAAACUGUAAAACUGUACGAAAAUGGAGAGAGAGAGAGACAUUAGAUUACAAGAAGAAAAGAAAACAACGCACAAAUUGGGGAAAACAAGCAACAAAAUGGAUGAAACUUUUUAAAAGUUUACUAAAGAUUACAUUCAGCAGGGGAGAUAGGCAUUAAAGGCGCACACGAAUGGGGACGCAAGCUAAGCGGCAGCGAUAGAGAUAAAAGGCAGGGAAAGCGCUCAGCUUUAUUGUGUGGAAAGGUAAACAUUUCCUUUAUUAUAGCAAACUGUUUGAGAAGCGCUGUGUCGCUUUUUGUGGGGGAUAUAGCUUACACAUGUGGUUGUUUUAAUUGAAGAAAAAAAACACACACACACACACGAUGACUGCCAUCGUAUUUAGUUUCUUUUACAAUACUUCUUUAAGACAUUUUUGCAACAAAACAGCAAAACUAAUAGUUAGAAAAAAAAACCAUUACUGCUACAACCCAUCUAUGUACCAUGCGACGAAAGUCCAAAGAGGAGAGGAAGGAGAAACCGUUGAAGGCAGGGUCUCCGAAAAGACUGAUAAAAGACGAAUAUAGGUUUACUGAAAAAGGGUUUCAGAACAAUUGUCCUCCCCCCUCCCGCCCCACUUCUAUAUUAUGGCAUUGCCAUUAAUUAUGGCAAGUGGUAUACUCUGCAGGAAAGUUAGCGAGAGGCGCACAGGAUCGCACAUAUUAGUCAGCUUAAAUGAAAAGAAAUUAUUGCCACGCAGCAGUAUCUGUAUGUUGUAUGUGUUGAGGAGAGGAAGGCAUAGGGGAAGGAAUGAUGGUUGUUAAGAAGGAUGGAUUUCGUCCGUUUAUUUUCUGGGAGCUACUCCAAAUAUGAAUAGUAUGCGUACGUUUCGCGUACUGUGAUAUAUUACGGCCACCACCCCACGGUUAACACACUUCUAUAAUGUACGUUUCCCGUCCACGUAGGAAUUAGGUUAUUUAGCGAUAAUAUCAACUUUGCUUUCGAUACAUUUUUUUUCUGCACUACGCAUCAUAUGACCAGGCGCUGUUUCUCAUCAAGACAAAUUUAAUUUUUUUUUAAUAUUUUUUGUUUCAACGAUCGAAAAAAAAAAUCAUGAAAAUUCAGCUGCAGGAGUUCAGGGUGAAAUUAGGAUGGACUAGAACUAUGAAUUUCAGGUAUUAUAUUGUUUUCUUCUUCUAUUAAUUCAAUCUUUAUUUGAAAAAAAAAAAUCAGUGAGGGCAAACAGGAAGGGCUGCCAUAAAAGAAAACCUUCGGUGUAUUAAAGAAUAGGGCAAUAACGCUCAAUGAAAUUUAUAUAACUAUACAGAUGAAAUUUUGAACUAAUCCAGACACUUCCUCUCGAACUAAAGUACACAACCAGAUUGGUACGGUGAGAUGUGUUACGAAGCCGGUUAGCAUUAGGUGUAGAAAAAAAAGUGGCUAAAAAUGUGUCCCCAAUUUGCACGGUUCCUUCACUCCAUUAUUCUUAAUCGUAUUCGGGACACGACAGAGGUAUGUUAACUGUUUGCAGUGUCAUUAUGCGCGUUUAGAGGGAGCAAACAAAGAAAACUCGAAUUUGUGUCAUUUCUUCAAUGGAAGAAAAUAUAUUUUUGCUACUUUCAUGUGCGUUUCCCCAAAAAUUCAAACAAAUCAAAAGAAAAAAAAAACAAGUAUAUGGGGGAAAAAAGUAGGAAAUGAUAUAGAGGAAAAGCAUUUUUAUUGCUUUUAUAAACAAACAGAAAACAAAUGGUUGAAAAUAAAAAAAAAACAGAACGCCACACAGCCACGGCACCACUGAUCAACAUGUCAAAAUCAGGGACUAAACUAAAGAUAGAUAUGCCUAGGUAUUUUGAUAGUAGAUGUGUUUCCCAUAAGCUAGUACGCGGUCCACUUGUGUGCAAAUGCAAAACGCAUAAGGCCCCAUCACACAUAGAAGCAUUCCUUUUGGCCGCCUGAUCGUUUUGGAUCGAGCGUACUGCGGGAUCAUCAAACGUGGUUUCACGUGUGGGUGUGUGUGUGUGUGGGUGGAUGCAGUUCAAUACACACAUACACACGCCCGCACACAUAUAUAUAGAUAAACACACGCACAGAACGCUCACUCUCAUGGUUGGUUUCAUGGAAACAUAAACGGGACAACAUAAAAUGCUCUAAACAACGAAACAAACAAAAAACGUGCGGGAAGGGUUUGAAACGGAAAUGAGCAAAGUAGAUUGGAAGAAAAAGGAUGCGUGUUGUGAAUGUGAAUUAGUUGUUAGCUUUAAUCUUCCUCGAGCUUCUACUUUCAGCGUGCUCCCGCCCCCCGCCCCAGUCUCCCGUAUGCAGAGAUUAAAUGUAAAACCAUCGUGUCAGGAAUGUUGAAUAUUAUAUCGAAAAACGAGGGGAGGGGAAAAAGAAACCAGUAACGCAAGUACUCGCGUAUGAAGAGAAAGUUUUUUUUGGAGGAGAUUGGUCUCAACGGAAAAACAAAACAAAAACCGCACACUUCCAAGUCAUUUAAGCCCGCGCGCUCCUUCGGUUGUGCAUUAUUCGCUGUGCCGUGAAAACUAAUUACAAAACAAACAAAAAAAAACUCAAAAAUAACAAGCUAUAAGUAAAUGUUAUGGAAAAAAAUACAAUUUAAAAAAAAAACACACACACACAUAUAAAUAAAAGAAGAUAGUGCUGAGAAACGGUUUCAUAUCGUAACA